CAUCGUAGAUAUAUUUACUGUUAAACGGAGACUGAGAGAUUAUAGGCGAGAAAUGGGCAGCAAAACGACGGAAUUCAUUCAAGAACAAGAAGGUCUUUUUGGAAGGUCUGGUAAAGUGGUUCUGACUGCAAUUGUAAUCAAUGCUAGUAAUUUCUUGUGUAAACUAUGCGCUUGUAUAUUUACCGGCUCCCAUAGCAUGUUUGCAGAGUGCGUGCACUCUGCUGCAGACACUUGUAAUCAAUUAAUAUUGGCAUAUGGAAUUUAUAAAUCUGUACAGAAUCCUAACCCUGAUCAUCCAUAUGGAUACACAAAUAUGAAGUACGUUUCUUCUUUGAUAUCUGGUGUUGGUAUCUUCUGUGUUGGUGCUGGUUUAUCAAUUUAUCAUGGAAUUCAUGGCCUUUUGAACCCAUCUCCGGUGGAACCGUUUUAUUGGGCAUAUUAUGUCUUAGUUGGUUCAUUGGUAUCCGAGGGAGCGACGUUAUUAGUGGCAAUUCAAUCAAUAAAAAAAGGAGCUGAAGAGAAGCAACGAACAUUUAAAGAAUAUGUAUUAGCAGGACAAGAUCCUUCUGUAAAUGUUGUGCUUUUGGAAGACUUUGCAUCGGUGGUCGGUAUUACUACUGCGACUAUCUGCAUGAGUUUAACUUCUUACACAGGAAAUCCAAUGUACGAUGCUAUCGGAUCCAUAUUGGGUGGAUUUCUUCUUGGUGGAGUAGCAACAUUUAUAAUUAAUACAAACACUGCAGCUUUAAUUGGAAGAAGUAUAUCUCAAGAUGAUCUUGAUAAGAUCAACACAGAAUUAGAAUCAGAUAUAAUGGUUCGAGCAAUUUAUGAUGUUAAAGGUAUCGAUAUGGGGAAUAACUUAGUUCGAUACAAGGCCGAAAUAGAUUUUGAUGGAAGAGAACUGGCGAGAUCUUAUCUGGACAAAAAUGAUCUCGCUUUAAUGUUGAAGGAAGUAAAAGGUAUGGAAAAUAUCGACGAGUUGGAGACAUUUCUUUUAAAGCAUGGUGAAGGUAUCGUGGAUAUGGUUGGUGGAGAGAUAGACAGAAUGGAAUUGAAAUUGAAGAAGAAACAUCCAGAGAUUCGACAUUGUGACCUGGAGAUCUUGUAAAACACUUUUGUAAUGAAACACACAAACAUACAUGUUUUGAUGUAAAUAAUGUGUAAUAAUAAUCGUGAUACAAUGUGGGUCGCAUUAUCGAUAUUAUUUAUAUAGAAAUAGUACGCAGUUCCACGUUAAUGGACAAAAG